AGGAAACACUUUCCGUCCAGCGAACCAACAGCUAUUGAAUCAGGCGCACCAGCAACAACAACCGAAAUAAAUGAUACUGUUGAUACCGUUCAUGCGCCUUCUACUAUAGCUGCCGCAUAUUUUUGAUCAACAACAACACAACAGAAAUUAUUAACGCUAAGCAGCGCCGAAACACUGCAAUUUAAGCGCUUUGAGCGGCUUAGCACGCGAGAGUUGGGUACUUCGUUCAUUUGAGUCGGCACGCGAAUUACCAGUUUGACGGCUUUACUUGUUGCCUUUGUUGCUUUUAUUUGGAUAUCGGAAAACCCCUGCAACAUGGGCACCAAUUAACUGCAGCAACAACAAACGCCCACCAAAAAUAAAAGGAAAAAAAGCAAAUUGAACGAAAUCUGUGCGCCUACACAGGCACCACGCCAACUGCCACAUAUGCAACAGAUAAUUUGAGCAUUUAUCGGCAUCCGCUCACGCUCGCGCUAGCCUUAGUUGCAGCGACCAUGUGCAUGCGCUGAAUUAAAGCAGCGAAGUAAAUAUAAAACUAAAUAUACAUAAAUAUAAAAAUAAGAUAUAGAAAUUAAAUGAAACAGCGUGCGCGCAUUGACCAGUAGUCAAAGCGAACGUGCGGCAUAGACCAAUAACCGCAUUGUGGUUGUAAAACAGAUAAAGCAGUAGCAGCAAUUGCAACAAAUUCAAAACUAGCUGCCGCGAUAUGAGCGCUUGUUUAUGUUUUCCUUAAAUUGCUGCAUUUAGCGGCUGCAACAACAACGUGCAGCAGAAACCAGUCGCGCGCGAUAUCCGCAACAGGUACACAGCAACAACAACAACAAUAAAACCGCGUAGCAAUUCCGAAACGAAUUAGUUCAAGCGUGUGCGCACAUGUAGCGUACAAAUAAUAUUUCCAGCAAUAAUCGCGAACUGCCUGCUGUGGAGUGCAACGACCGCACCACAACCGCCACCACCACCACCACCACAACUACCACCAACUCCAGCGCCACACAACCAUCGCGCGUGCCGCAACAACCUUGGCCACUACAUUUGGACUGCUGACGCUUAUUUCUAGUUCGCGUUUUGUUGCACAUACGCGUGGUUUGGGGCGGCACGAUUUUGGUGUUUGCAAGUUCAAGCGCAAGCGGUAAGUUCCGUUCAAUUAGCGAAGCGCAGCCAAAGAAAAGGCGACGGCCGCACCACGGCACGUCACGCCAAAAAGCGUUUGAGUGGCACGCAAACAGGAAGUUGCGGCAGGAACCAAAGCGAGUGGUUAAAACGUGAGGAGUUUUAUUGCAACUUGAUUGCGCUCCGCUUUUGCCGAAACGAAACGAUUUGCAGGUUGUCAACCUUCGCUUUAUGGUGCGCGCGCGUAACCCCUCUCUCAGCCGCCUAUUCGCUAGCGUCCCGACCAAUCACCGAGGAAUGCAAGACUCAUUUGUUGGCGCAGCAGUGACAACAGGAGUAGUGGCCAACAAAAUAGCAGAAAUAAUCAAUUUUUGUGGAACCGUAAGCGUGGCGGACACACCGAAAUUACCAGCUACGAGCAUUUUUCGCCGACCAUAGUGUUCCGCGCACUGCGACACAAAAACUGUUUAAAUCCGCUAAACCCACCCAUUUAACAGCCGCUACCAGCUUUGCAUCUAAAACCAGCGCGCACCUUCACCAAAUUCAGUACCUGCCCCUUGGCUUCCCUACAAGCCACGCCCUAAACGUGCCGUGCUCAAUGUAAGAUGUUAGCAAACGUCAAAUGGAGCCUCUUAGCCACAGCUGUUGUCAGUUUGCUGCUAUGCACCGCAGAAGCCAUUGAACGCGCGCCAGCGCUUGCGAACACGUCGGCGCAUGCGCCAGCAACACCAGCGCGUCAGCUACAAACACAGCAACCAGCAUUGCAGUCAAGUGCGCGACAAGCACGCGCUACCACAGCGUACUCAACUGCGCAUGGUCAGUACGCGUCUUUACCUAUUACCCCGGAGCCCAUCGCGCCCUCUGUAGAUAAUCGGCGUACCGCGCGAAACCUCUACGCGCCUUUCAACACCUUCAGCAAGGUGGAUGAGGCGCCGUACACAGAUUGGCGUCGCCGCAGCGAUGGCACCGUAGUACAAACAUUUGGUGCAUACCGUAGUGGACGCGCACUUUCAACGACCGCGCAACAACCACAAAUUCUACCACAUUUCCAACAAAGUCAGCCAGUGCAGCAGUCACAUCCGGCAGCACAACGCCGCUCGGAUGUCAUAACGACUGUCGAAGUGAUACCAGCGCCAGGAAUCGAACUAUCGAGCAGCACCAGUAAUGGCGCCAUCUCCGGUUCUUUACCCAUAACAAUACCCAAGCAAGUGGUGCCCGACGCAAAUGCCGCCGCAUCUAUCGCUGCCGCGACGACCGCCAUAGCGAAUGCGACGCGCAGCUCACGUCAACGCAACUAUGUAUAUAUACCAUUGCAACAGCAAACCAGUGGCGCAACACAGCUGCCAAAGCGCAACAACAGCUCAUUCGGUUACCUGGGUCCACCUACACACGCCGUGGCUGCGGUAGCACAAGAAUUCGGCGACGAGUUGAUACACGCGCAAACAGAUCGCAUUGAUGUGGCCACAGCGCCAGUGGCAGAUGCCGCCAUCACUUCAACGGAUAAAGUAGAUUAUGAGGAUGAAAAUGCAGCACGUCGCAAUGGUUUCAAAUUCCCCAGCUACAGUUUGAAACCAGCGAGCCCUUUUUACCCGCAAGGCUAUCGGGAAGACAAUCCCAUCUUCACUGAAACAUCUGGGUUUGAGUCGCCCUAUAGCGAGGAGGUGCUGCCCACGCAAUACGAUCAAGAUACACGUCAUACACGUCAGUUGAUCUAUGACACCGCUGAUGCAGUGCCUAUUUCGCAUCCCUUCGAGUUUCCCGGACUGGCGUCAAACACAAAACCACAUUCACUGAGUGGAGCUAUUGCGGGUGGAAAGCUAUUUCGUGAGGAGGUUACGAAAUUCGGCGAUAUAAAUGGGCCCAUCACCGCUGUACCACAACGUCCACAACGCGGUUUGUUCUAUGGAGAUACAGAAUUCAGGACAGGUCCGUCGCGACCAUAUGUGCCGCAGAAGGCUUUCAAUGAGUACAUUGGUCCAAAUGGACCACUCGAUUUUCAGAGUUCAAGGAAAAGUCGCUUCUUCCCUUUCAAAUCAUCGCGCAGUCCACGCGUUGUGUUUCCGGUGAACGAUAACAUUGGUACAACGGGUCCGAGUGGCAGCGGGAAUGGAGUUUACUUUAGCGAUAGCGUAGCAUUCAGAGAUCAAAACUUUGGCCUCAACGACUUGGCUGCCAUUCAAGACGUCCGCAAUGAAUUCAGUUUACAGGACAUAGACGGCAGCACCUCAGAGACCAGUUUGUCGAGUGUGCCUUCUUCCGGAACAUUCAAAGAAAAAGACCGCACUCCGGAUAAGAAUACCUGGAAAUGGAGUCUGCACUCGACCUCGACGACACCCGUGUACUUGGAGCGGCGCAAUCAGUAUCGACGCAGCGAGAUACGCAAUCGCUCGAAAUUCAAGCGGAAGACUGUUUCCAAUUCAACGUCCUUUGAUAGUUUCAAUGAGAUUGCCGAAAACCAGCAUUGA